AACAGGUGUAAAUGAAAACCUAACAUUCUGUACCUAUGAUCAUUUUUGUAUAGAAAACGCUUGGUAGGAUUUACACAUUGUUACAUAUUGUCGAGUACUACACUGGCACGAACUUAUGAAAUAAAUUCUGUCCUAUAGUAAAAUAAAAUUUAGCGUUUCAUGGCAAUCAAUAACUUUCUAUUCAGAAGGUUUUUAACACGCUGAUGAAUAUUAAUGUGUAAAAUACAACUAUAGAGGGUGUAAAAGAGCGUUACAGAAUUCCCCCUCUUGAGGCAUGUCAUGGACGAAAACGCCUAUACGUAGAAACGUAUGGCUUCUAAGUAUAGUUAGUAUAUUGUGGGUGAAGGUUAGGAGCUGUUAAACGAUCAAACGUGGGUUCGGUGAAAAUAACAGCUCCUGUCACAAUGUAGUGUGUAAUAAUGUUGUUGUGAUAUUAUAACAGCGAAUAUAAUCGAUAUAAGCAUAAAUUUCAACAUCCGUGUAACACCACGGGAUACAUGGAUGUUGCGAACGGACAAAAGCCCCUCGGUGGGCAACCUUCUGCCACUAGUGGUUCAACAAUGGAUAAGGGGAAAGAGUGGCAGAUGGAGUUGCUUAUGGAGAAAUUACGCUCUAAAUCUUCCUCAUUUAAAUCUUUGGUUGAAACUGCCAAAAACUUACGCAUGGCUAUGCUGGAUAAGAGGUUUGCAAUAGAUAGUGCAGAAAAGAGUCAACUGCAGAAAUGUUUAGAUACCUUGCAACAUUCCAUAAAAGUAACAUCAUUGCAAUCUAUGGUGGAACGCUUGGAGAGUUUAACAAGGCAGUUGGGCUUAAAGUUUAUGAUGUCUGGUCCACCAGGUACAGAGUUGUUUAUCUCCUCUGAUAUGUUCUUUUUGGAAGUUCUUUUGGAGCCAUCGGGUGUAGUUAAAGAUGUUAAAAUUCAUCAUGAAGGAAAGAAUGAGCAGCAGAGCUGUGAUGUGUUGGUCUCUUGCUUGUCGCGUGGAGACUUCCUUGAUUUUACAGUACAAUUAGAAGGUUUAGCAUCGAUAUAUCAAUUAAAUGCUGAUAAAAAGGUAAAGUGUAAAGCAUUUAGUGCUUUACAAUCACUGGAGGCUGAUCUGGGUAUCUUAGCUCAAUUGCAAACGUUUAUAAAAGAACCUUUUAACCUUGUUCAUAAAAGCCCAGUAGGAAUCCUUGAGCGAAGAAGAGGAGGUCAUGCGAUGAAACUGACGUAUUUCGUUUCUCCUUAUGAUUUAAUAGAUCACGAGAAUCGUACCUGCGAUGCGUUGAGUUCGGAAGUAGUUAUCAAACGAAAGAUCGGCCAUUCCGUGACAGUUUGUAUGGAAGGUUCGACCGCUCAUAAGUUGCCUACAUCUAGUAUCAUAACUGUAAAUAGAAGUCCAACAGGAAAAAGUACUCCAUCUUAUGCUCCUUUAACUGGUACAAAUUCAUCGGUACUGCCAGCUUGCUUCGUACUGAAGCUAGCCAAGAAAAUGCCAAUGUGCAUGGAACUAGUACGUAGAAUACAGAAAGUAACAGAGCUCGAAUGCGGGGAUAUAUCUGCCCCUCAUCCGUUACUUAGUCUGAUUAUUCAGCAUGCCAGUGAAGGUCAACUAGAUUGUCGAAACAACAGAGGGCUUUACGUGAGUCUGCCAGAUCAGCAGCACUGUUACUUCAUGACGGAGAACAAAAAUUUGGAGGGUGUGUUAGUGUGUAGCAUUCCCUUCACUCAUCCGGCUCACGUUCCCCAAAUUUUGGUAUACUUGAGACAGCAAGCGCUUUUCAACACUUUGAUUAGCAGUUGCGUUAGACCGAUGGCUCGGCAAGAUCCAGAACACGCAACGAUAUUCGAAGUGAGCGCUUUGUCGUGGCAACACAUAUCGGUAAGUCUGGAGCAUCCCUUCGAGGAGACAAUGGCAACAGCUGAGCUAGACUUGACGGAUAUUUCCGCGCUGAAGUGUAAAUUAUACGGCAUAAGCAUAACGAACACGGAACAGACGUCUGAUUUGACUGGAAAAGUCUUACAAAAGUGUCUGAGUAUACCUUUGACGAUGAGGAUACUUAUGAAAUCAUGGGAGAGUCGCGACGCUUUAAGCACUAUGACGAAUAUGAACAGUGGAAAUGGAAAUUAUAACAUAAAUCUCGGCUCUGGCAAAGAUCAGAACAAUCAGAAUGGUUCGGGGAUGCCUGAUUUCACGAACGGAGAAACCAAAAUCAAGCAAGAACCCGGUUUGAAUAACGGUAACGGAACGAUGGGGAGACAGCAGUCGUCGCAGCAGCAGCAGCAGCAACAGCAGCAACAGCAGCAGCAGCAGCAACAACAGCAACAACAACAACAGCAACAGCAGCAGUCUUUUUUAGAUGCCGGAACGGAGAAUAGUAUCGGUUUUCCGUCAUAUUCCGGCCAAUCCGAUACCACAACUGCGAUGUUGAAUCCUCUGCAACUAGGAGCUUUGCUUGGGCAAGCAAAAAACUCCUUGUCAAAUCCUUUAAACGAGCGUCCCAAGAAAACGCGUAAAAGAAAAACGGCGGACGGUAUUUGGCGUAGUCCGAAACGAAAAGGAGACGAGAGUGCUGAAAUAUUGUUAGAGAGUUCCAGUUCAGAUUCGACGCCACUCGGUACGCCUACUGGUGGCAGAGAAAAUUUAAACGAAACUAGAACGUCCACGCCGACUUCAGCCACGAGUUUAACUAGUGGUUUAGAUUUUUCUAACUUAGAUCCCACCGACAUCUUGGGAACGGAUAAGAGUUCCGACUACGAUAUCGACAACGAGAGCGAAAUAACGGAGGUUCACGAUUUGCAAGAUGUCGAAGAGCUGAUCAAACGCGAGCGCAAGUCGAGGAAGAGGGAAGAGAAAAAGAGUCCGAUUAUAUUCGAAGAGAACAAAAGUCUAGUGCCGCCGUCAGUAAGUAUAACGCCAAUUUCAAGCAGUAGUUUGGGUCAAACUACGAACUAUAACUCUGUACUUACGGGGAUGGGUUUGGAAAGGAGGCCAGGAAUUGAAAUAAUACCGAUUACGUCCUCGCCGCAAACCACUUUACCGAAUUCGAUCACUAUAACUCCGAUAGCCGGGCCGACACAGUCGAAGAGUCUGACAGACGAGCGUAGGGAACGAAAAAGUUCCAAGGGAAAGUCGACCGAGGAUAAGGGAAAGUUGGAAAAGAGGCGUAAGCGUAAGAGAGAAGACAGUCCUAUGGGACCUCCGCCGGAUAAGAUACCGUCUAAACAGGAUCCUCUAUCGAAACCAGUCUCGGUGAGCAUUAAACCGACCGAAUCGCCGCCGAGUUUAAGUUCGAGGCCAUCUUCGCCGGCGACAACGUUAAGAAAAUUUAGCCCCUCUCCGACGCAUACCAGUCCACUCGCUCUCGUAGGUAAGUCCAGUCCUACAUUGAAACAGUCAACAAACAAGCCAGUGCAAAGUCCAAAGCACUCUCCGGUCUACAGCAGUAGUCCCAAGCAUACGCCGGUGCCUGCGAGCGUGAGCCCGAAACAUGGUACUUCGUCGCCGAAGCACGGAAGUUCAGCGAGUACCGGCAAGCCGAGUAUGUCUGCCCUGAAAUCCGCGGCCAAUUCACCGUCGAGCAAAACCACCGAUUCCGGACAAUCGAAGAUAAAGUCGUCCUCUUCGUCGUCGGGCAAAGACUCGAAUCGCGACAAGGAGAGAAAGACGUCAUCGUUAGCCUUCGGUGGUUCGAGCGGUCACCAGAGUCCUAAAACAAAGUCCUCCAGCGGUAAGUUGAAACAACUGGAAUUAAUUCCUAGCGGGGAGGCGCAGUCGACGUUGCCCAGCAGCGGUGGUAGCACACCGCCAUCCGGAAGUUCAGAGCUAGGCAAGUCGGCCAUCGCUCAGCAGCAGGCGAAGAAUAGGAAAGGAUCGUUGAGCGCUGUGAUCGAUAAGCUGAAGAACGCCCAACACUGUACGGAGGAUAAUGGUAAUAGCGGAACGAAGCCUUCUACGGGUGGAAGUGGUACUUCUAGCGGUCAGAAGGAGAGAAACGUUGGAAGUUCGUCGAACAAAACCGCGGAGGGGAAGUGUAUCAGUAAAAAUUCUUCGAUGGACACGAAGAAUCCUGCGGAGUACAUGGUGAAGCACAGUUCCGAUGGGAUGAAGAUAACGAUCAAUAAAACUCGCACAAAGGACUCAAAGUCUGGCACCAAUCUGAAACUGUCUUCGUCAUCGGCGUCUGUCGCGACCGGAACUUCUUCGGGUACCUCCACCUCGUCGACUUCCAUGUCGGGUAACGGUUCGCCGAAAACACACACUGGCUUGAAACCAGGAGUGAGUUCUGGUCCCGCCUCGAAGAAACCUCCAUCUCAGACAUCCCCAAAACUAUCUGGAUCUUCGUCUUCCGGUUCUGGAAGCAGUAGCGGAGGUAAAGCAACGUUGUUAGGACAAAAGAUGCUGUCAGCAUUAAAAACUAUCUCCGGAUCAAAUUCUGGAAGUGGUAACGGUGCCGGGGGGAUCAACGUCGGUGGCAGCGGUAGCAGCGGAUUGCUUUCGAAAGGUGUCAUGUCUUCGAAGUCUUCUUCGAGUUCCCCAAAGACAGCCGGUUCCGGUGUGACGGAUCUCAGUCGAAACCGUGACAAAUCUCGGCUGUCUAAGUCUGCCGAUAAAAGUAUAUUUCCUUCGAAAGGGAUCGGGGACACUAGAAAAUCGAGUCCUUUAGGACUGCGGGAGGAAAGCGAGAGCGAAAGGGCGUUCAAGUUGCUGGCUGCUCAUGCUUCCAUGACCAAUUUGUCGAAUCUACCCAGUCUACCACCGCAGUUGGUCGUCGAAGGUCUCAUGAAGCAAUUAGACACUAAAUUUCAAAUCCCCAAAUUAUCCGCUAGAGCCAAUACGGAUUCCACCGACAAGAAAUCGGACAAGCUAUCCAUGCUACCGGACAGUGGGAAGACUUUGGACAAUCUUGCGACUAAGCAAACGACGGAGCAGGGAAAGUUACAAGCGUUAUCGAAUACCUCGUCGACUGCCUCUAAAACGAGUUCGGAGGAGCAGUCGAACCAGGGUAGACGGGAUCAUGUACAAACGAAGCCUGACAAUCUUUCAAUGACAAGCGCAGCCUCGGUAAUUAACUUGGGCACGGACAGUACCAGUAACCUUCUUCUGCCCCCGUUAUCUAGCGGUAGCUCGCACGAUAUGGACAUCCCUACGAACUUGUCUAUGCAAUCAAGCGAAAACGAGUCUCGUGACGCGUGCAAGGAGCCAUCGAUGAGUAGGAGUAACACGCAGUUUCUGAGUAGCAGCUUGAACUCCACCGCCGCUGGAAAAGACGAAACCAGUGGCAGUGGUCCGGUAAUGGCCGUUCUACCAAAAGGUUCUGACGCGCAGUCUACUAGCAAACCCGUGUACCCUACCAUGAUGACGACAGGUACGAUAACGAGCGAGAAUGUAACGAACGCAACGAGCUCUGGCAAUGGUAGCUCGGAGAGUUUGAAUCUGAGUAUCAAGCCGGUGGAUGCCACCAUGACCAAGUACAAAUCCGACGAGAAGAAGCAGCAACAGCAGCAACCACAGCAGCAGCAGCAGCAGCCGUCACAGUCGCAACCACAGUCGCAACAGCCACAACAGCAACAACAGCAGCAACAAGUCCCGUCUUCCGGAGGAUCCUCGAGUUCCUCUUCGUUAGGAUCGGUCGUGUCUUCGGAGGGUUCAUCAGGCACGAUGAAAACGAGCGGUACCGAAAUACCGGCGACCACGUCUCAAGAGGCUGCCGAGAUGUUGUUGGAUUUUUCAACGCCGAAAGACGUGGCCAAGAGCUUGACCUUCACUAGCAUUCCCGAGAGGGCGAUGACCCAGGCUGCCUCGGUGCGCAGGAACACCCCACCGCCACCUCCUCCUGCCUUUCCCGCCAGUCCUUCCGUCAGUGUCCACAUCGUGAAGAGUCCUGCACCCUCGCCGAGGGUUAUACCGCCCUCGCCCCACUCUGCCUCGCCCUGCAUCACCGACGACGAGCUGAUGGACGAGGCACUCGUAGGAAUGGGCAAAUGAAGGUUACUGAAACUUUAGAUUUAAUUUUAUCCGAGGAUUUUUGCAGGGUGUCCUGAAACGGUUAACUCGUAAGAGCCUCUUCCGCAGUGGAACCAGUUCAUCUUCAACUUUUAUCGUGGACGGGGUCUUGGUGGUUUUUAACUUACCAGCGAUCCAUAAGUGGACGAAAAGAUUCUUUUCACCGAAAGUUGGGUGAAUUUGGUUGAAUCUUUUUGUUCUAACUGGUGAUCGCUUUAGGUGGAUUUGGGUGAGAUUGAAGUUCUUAAUAUCAAUAUUCUAAAUAUUUUUUUUUUUAUUCUCCAUAUUAAUAAUAAUCGUCUUCAGUAACGAAAGGGUUAAUAGUAUUAUGAACAAUAUGGAACAAAUUUUGGCAAUUUUUAUGCGGAAAAUCUUAUUUACGAAGAUCUGGGGUUAGCCAAGUGCACGAGUGCCCAAUAAACGCUCAAAUUUAAUUAUUUAAAAAUUACUUAAUUUUGCACAUAGAAUAUUAAUUUUCAAGAAAAAUUAUUAAAAUCAGCAAUUCUGUUCUAAGUUAUAUAUUUUAGCAUUUGAUCCGUGUAUUCUAACGAUUAACAAAUAUUUAAUGGACACUCUGUAUAUCGUUAAGACUUUUUCACUUCUCCUGCAAUGUCCUGCCGAAUACUAAUAUAGUUUGCGUCUUCGUGUGCAAAUAUUUAGUAAGUUCAAUUUUUUUCAUAGGUAGGGAAAUAAGGAAGAAAAUUAGGAGAGGCGAAAAAUUAGUAUCUGUUUCGAAGGUUUUCUCUACAAAGUCAAGGGGCAAUUUAAACUUCUCUAUGUGUGUAUUUAAAGUGAUUCAUUAUUAUAAAUAAAAUUCGUAUGGCGUGAUAGGAGGGUCUCGAGGCUAGCAAUAAUUGAUCGAUUGUUUAUAGAUUUCUAAAGUGGCAAGAGAAGGAUAGAGAGAAAGUAAAUGGUAAAUGAUUGCGACGUAUGAGAAAUAAAUAUAGGAUGAAUACAUAUGAGUUAUUUUCGAUAGAAAUCCAUGUUGGACAAUAUUUAUGGAGAUUCCGUGGAGUGGAGUGGAUGUUAUUAUAUACAUGUGAUAAUUCUUAAUUAGUGUAUUUCAUGUACUAAAAUUAAGUACUGAAAGUUUUAAAUAGAAAACUUUGAUACAUUGGGAAAUAUUAUCUGAAAAAUUUAAAAAAUAGAAAAUCAAAUUCAGGUGGUCUGUUCCCCGAGGAUUAAAAAACGACAUUUAUAGGUUUAAUUUAUAGGAAUAAUUUUUAUAGGAAUCCUUUAAUAUAUGAGGGUCGUAGACAUACAUGAAAUACACUGUUUCAGAAGUAUCAUGGAUAUGGAUAGUUUUUAUUCGAGGAGGAUUAGCCAAUUAUCGAGUCCUUUAUCCUUAACUUCCUGUUCUUGUACUCGCUCCAAUCGUCCUUCCUGGUAAACGAAAUUCUUCGCCGCUAUACAACGAAGAAAGUCGGUACUUGCGUUUAUUUCCACGUUUUUGAACCGGUAUCCCGUGUAAUUAAUUCAUUCUAAAACCGUGUAAUUAUCAAGGAUUAAGCGGACCUAAAAGUCUAUCAAUACGGAUUCAGUUUACGACGUCACAAAUUUUUAUUCUCACGAUGAAACGAAAGUUUUUUGGCUUGAAAUUAUAGAAAGAUCGUAACGAAAAAUAACUGAGCUUAUGGAAGUUUUAUCGUGAAAAGCCUGACGUUUUAUUUGAAUUUAUUCUUCGUAAAAAAGGUUUAAUCGCUCGAUGAAGAUUCUCAUUCGAAGGAAGUAGUGGAAGGGAAGAUGUAGUAGGUACCAAGUGCCAAGUAGGGAUAAAAAAAAGAUUUUCAAAGAUGGAACUUCGAUCCUUUGUAAUUUAACACAUGGCGUAGAGUUACUUAUUGUGCGACGAAUCCUACACCUUUAGACAUACGACCUUCACAGUUCAGGAAUCUAAAAAUUUUUCCAUCGUAUAUCCUUAUUUCUACAUUUGACAGCAACAUUGACAAAAUAUACAUAAAUUACUCCCAAGACGCAUCUGGUGUGUCAUUGAUUAUCUUGAAUCGACUUCAAAUUUCUUAAAGUGCAUUUUAUAUCGAACCUCCUUAACGAGUGUCACGAAGGAUCGAAAUUCUAUUUUUACAAAAAUUGAUAAGCUAUCUUUGUACAAAUUAGAUGAAAAUGUUUUGGUUUAAGAAUUGAACGAGUUGUUCGAUGCUUAAAUCAGAUAUAAUGAAAAGGAACAGGCACGAGAGUAGACGAAUAAAGGGAGUUAUAUGUCUGUUGUUGAAUAUUAAAUGAAUUACCAUCAAUGAUUACGUAUCAUUACUUUUCACGUGUAAAUUGAUAAAAAUUGUAUUUUCUAACGGGAGUACCGUAUCGUAGGCAAUACCGUGCUUCGACGUAAAGAUUUCUCUAGUAAGAAAAUUGUCUGGUGCUCCCCGGGGAAGAAUAUGAUUUAUUUUUUCAAUACUCACGAUCGUGUACAUAGAAUUGAAGACAGGUUUACACCUCUGUGAACCAUGCUAGUAGUAAUUAAAGAGUGACAAAGAUUGUAGCUGAUAAAGACUUUAAUGAGAAAUAAGGAAGAGUGAUUACUGAAUCGUAUUUUCUAAUUAUUUAUUACGAAUUGUACAAAUUUUGCUUUCCCAUCGAAUACAAAAUUUCAAUGUUGCAUUAACAUUUUUGGACUUUCUUAUUUUUGCUCGUAUAGAUUCUUUUUUUCUUUAGAAUUUACACUUACCAUUUCGUUUUGUUUUAUAGAACGUUAGCCCUUUUUUUUAAAUUAGGUUUAACAAUAAGAUCUGCUAGAGAUUUUUGAUUAUAAUUGAAGACACUAAUAAUAAAUUGAUUUUUGAGUUGUUUUUUUUAAAUAAAAAAUUUCAAACAAUUCAAAAGAAUAUUAUUACUUUUUCAAAAUUUCUAAACAUAUGUAGUGCUAUAACACCCGAAACUCAAUUAUAAAAAAAAAUUAAUAUGAAACUGUUAACCACCGGUGUCUUCAAUUUCUCUGAUAUUCAAAUUGACGUGUUUUAAUUUUCUCGUUGAAAGAAUAGGAAAGAAGAGAUACAAUUGUACAGAGAGAUAAAAUGGGAUGGGAUCUUAGAAUAGAUGUUGCGUGAAAUUCGGUGAAAUUUCAUGCAACCGAUGGAAUACAUUUAUUUCUCUAUGAGAGUUACAAAUCUAUGAACGAAAUUAUGUAUAAAUGUAAUCGUAUUAGCGCGUGUAUGUACAUUUAAGCAUCGACUUGUAUAGAGAAAGAAGAUAUAUACAUACGAUUAUAUAUAUUAUAAAUAAUUACUGACGACGAGUGUCUUUGAAUUUUCAAGACACGUAUGUAAGCCUUGAUAAUAAAGACAAUGUCUUUUUUCAGAAUCGUCAUCCGCGUUUUUUUCGAUUUAAUUGUAAAUUUGCGGAAGAAGAGAAAAGGAAUGGGAAGAGAAAAAUAAUAAA